AUGAGGCAAUCUGGCGAGGUCAGGUCGAGUAGGGGGACACCGCCGUCGCCCUCCUACAUGUCCAAAGACGAAUUCGCAAGCUACCUCGCAAACCUUCGAAGCAAGCCCGUCGGAAGGCCCAGCGGCGCCCGGCCUCCGCCUCCUACUGCUCAACAGGCUAGCCAUCAACGAUCGCGGUCGCACACGCCCAGCCUCAUUGGAGGGAGCACGGCUUCAACUCGCAUUUCAAUGAUUAGUACUAAAAGCCGUGAUUAUUACCCUACCACUCCGACGCCGCCUCCCUUGAAGCCAGAUACAGUCGUGCCUACCGCUAGCUACAUGGAACGAGGCCAGCGUUGGAUGGAAAGAGAAGAAGCUUCGUCACUACGAGAUGCCAUGGAAGAAAUGGACUUUCGGGAGAGCAGAAAGAGUACCCCUGCCCCUGAUGCUGCCAUCGAAGACGAUGAGACUCGCCUCUACAACGCUGCUCUCAACGAGGCUGCUGAGCUCGUGUGGGAGCACCAGCACGGCGUCAAGCCUCGGCCCCCUGACGGUGCGUACCUGUAUCGACCACACCUUAGAAAGGACAGCUACGCACAUGCUCGGGCAGCGACCGUGACAGGGGGUGGGGCAACUGGUGCGAACAAUUCAAAUAGGAACUCGUAUUCCGAAGUGCACUCGCCAUCAUCGACCUCAUCCGAAGGAGACAACAGCCCUAAAAGAAACGAUUCUCCCGAAGAGGCAGCCCGAUCCGAAGAGUCUCCGACCAAAUCAAAGUCGUACGGGAGCGUCGGGGGGCGUUUCACGGGCGGCCGGCGUAGCAGCAUGAAAAGGAACAUCAGUGGAGAAGUUGAGCGGCCCUUCUCUGGUGAUCAGAUAUGGGAAGAACCCGAAGCCCAGUCGGGCGAGGCGUCUACUCCAACGACGUCUCCUCAAAAGGAUUCUCCCGUUUCACUCAAAUCCAAGCCUUCGAAUGCUGCGAGGCGCAAUCCCUUCCAACGCUUCCAAGGAGAGUCCAGCCCGACCAAACGAUUGGACAGGGUAGAAAUUCACAGGAAUCCUCCAACACGAUCUCGCAACGCCCAGUAUCAGGUCAACGCUCCAGCUGCCGCUACACAACCGCUCCCUGAUGCGCAGCGUCUAAAUGGAGUCGAGAUCCGCGGCCAAGAUAUCCGCGAAGCUACUAGCAUGAGGCUCAAAGACCGCAGCUCUAAACUUCCGGAACCUACCGCAGUCAGCGACAGCCCUGGAAGGCCCAUUGUAAGCUUCGAUGCUAACUGGAAAGCCCCGGAGGAGUCCUCGUCCACUGAUGCCAGCUCAGACCGACCAAACUCGUCGACCCCAGCAUCAAACCGCUUCCGGUCCCAGUCACAAGCGCAGCCUCAGUCCACAACCCAAAAUCCAACUCGGCCUGUGGAUAUCCCUAGCAUCGUUGUGGCGGAAGACCCUUCGCCGAGGCCAAGAGCGCAAACGAGCGCGAGCGUGCCGUCGAUCUCGAUAGCGGAACCAGAAGAGACUUCGAAGAGACCAACGCCCACGAUCAACAUUCCUUCCAUUGCGGUGGACGAAGCGCCAGAACCCCGCAAGGUUCCCAGCAUUUCGACGCCAAAGGAUUCGCCCGUGAGAGGCUCGCGCCCUCUUCCAACACCAGGAAGUCGUGGACCGCGGGGUCACUGGUCCCCAGCUCCAGCUCCAGGCGCCGCUGCAGCUGCAGCUGCCGCCGGCGGCCGAACAGGGACUCUCUGCAAUCAGUGUGAGCGCCCCAUUGAAGGGAAAUUUGUGGCAUUGGCUGGUUCCUCUGAGCGAUUCCAUCCUCAUUGCUUCCGUUGCUACACUUGCAAUACUCGUCUUGAGGCCAUGGAGAUUUCUCCAGAGCCAGACGCAUCGCGGGCUGAGCGAUUGGAGAGAAUUCGGCGUCGCGCGGCGGGGGAGAUACUGGAUGAGAAGCCUGGCAUGACCAUGGCGGAAGAUGGAGAUGCACGCCUCCGCUUCUACUGCCAUCUCGACUGGCACGAACUCUUCGCCCCACGCUGCAAGCACUGCAAAACCCCCAUCCUCGGGGAGCACAUUGUAGCUCUUGGAGCGCAUUGGCAUUACGGGCACUUCUUCUGUGCCGAGUGUGGCGAUCCGUUCGAGCACGGCAUGACGCAUAUCGAAAAGGACGGGUACGCUUGGUGUAUCAACUGCCAAACGAAGCGAACCGAACGUCGUGCGCCCAAGUGCAAGAUGUGCAAGACGGCUGUGAUUGGCCAGUAUAUCAAGGCACUUGGUGGUGAAUGGCAUGAGCACUGCUUCCGCUGUGCCGAGUGCAAGGGAGGAUUUGAUGAUGGGCAGAUAUUCCCCAAAGAGACUGCAACGGGGGCAAUUAUACUCUGCACCAAAUGUAGAGCCAGAGAGCUCAAGUUUUAA